AUAGAUAAAUAAAUUUUAUCCCAGACAACAUUAAUUCAAUCUCUAAGCAUUGGGUACUUACUUAGUACCUUGAGUCAGCAUGAUGGACUUGCAUCGGGAAAAACAGGAAGAUGAAACGAACAUUUAUAAACGGAGAUGGUAUAUUUUAUUGCUGUUUUCACUGUUAGCCAUGACACAAGGUGCCUACUGGAACACCUGGGGACCCAUCGCCGAAUCUAGUGAAGACGCAUUCCACUGGGAGGACAGCGAUAUUGCGCUAUUUGAGAACUGGGGACCGAUUGGGUACCUUGUGGCGGGUUUUUUCUCCGCUUGGCUUGCCGACGUCAAAGGCUUACGUUUCUCGUGUGUGUUGGCCGCUUUUUUGGUGGCGGCGGGGGCUGGGAUUCGCUGUAUCACCAGCGAACAUCCUUAUGUUACCUGGACUGCAAACAUUGGUCAGGCCCUAAAUGGAUUUGCAGGACCUAUUGCCAUGGGAGCCCCUCCCCUGGUCUCCGCCGUCUGGUUUCCGGUCCACGAACGGACGACCGCCACCAGUAUUAGUUCAGGGUUUAAUUUGCUUGGAAUCGCCAUUUCUUUCAUUAUAGGGCCUAGAAUUGUAGAAACUUCUCCCUCCUCAUCCAAGGAGGAAAAUCGAGGUAACUUGUCCAGUGCGCCUGAGUACAUACAUAACGACUCCUCUACCUUGACCACUGGUUUGCACCAAAUGAACAACUUCACCUUUACUUCCGAUCAGAGGCGGAUCCAAGAAGAACAAGAACAAAUCAUGCUGCUGAUGUAUGUCGAGUGUGCAUGGGCGGUCCUGCUGUUCGUUGUUAUGUUGAUAUAUUUUCCAAACAAGCCAAAAAUACCUCCAACGAAAACAGCGGCCAUUCCUCGAAUUGAGUUCAAGAAUGGACUGAAGAAGAUAAUUAGAAUUCGAGAGUUUUGGAUAAUAGCUGCUAUAUAUAGCAUAUCCAUGGGCGUGUUCAAUGUAUGGCAAGGUAUCUUCGAUGUCUACUUGAAGCCGCAUGGGUUCAGUCAGGACCAGGUGGCAUGGUUAGGGGCGUCUGCUAUCUGUGCAGGAUUCGUAUCCAGCAUUGUGAUCUCCAGAUUUGCCGACAUUUUCAGUCGACAUCACCGUUUUUUCCUGAUUGGUUUAUAUGUAGUCGGAGGCCUAGCUUUCCUAUGGUUUAUCUUAUUAGUAGAGGACAUAUUGCCAGACUCAGAGGUGUCUCUGUAUGUGUCCAUUAUACUGGGGACUAUGUGUCUGCAGGCAUCGACUCCCCUGUACUUUGAGAUGGGUUGUGAAGUGUGUUACCCUGUGGCCGAGGGACUGACAAAUGUCCUACUAACCUUAUUGGCCAAUGUGAUUAGUUUCGUCUUCCUUCUCCUACAAAUGAUUCCAAAAAUAGGGUCGUCGUGGGAGAACUGGUGUUUGAUGGCAGUUAUAACUGUUUGCAUUCCGUGUAUGUGUUUGCUCAAGGACAACUAUCGUAGAUCUAAUAUUGACGAGGAAAAAAACGAGUAGUUUUAAAUCUGUUUCAAAUAUUUUCAAUAAAGUUUUUAUAAUCGA